CGAUCGCCACCGUCUACUUUACUCGCUUAUCACUCACAGUAAAAUACCAUUGGCGGCCUACAAAAGACCUUCGAUCACCAUGACACUUACUGUUUGCGUCGGAAGCUCCGGUUCCGGAAAAACAACCUUCUUGGAAGACGUUUAUAAGAGUCACAAAUGUAUCUAUAUUCGUCAGUACCAUAUCAUGCGUCCGUACAUAACGGUUUCCAAGAUCCCCAACUUCGAUGCUACCCGACUUCCCUAUUGGGACAUUUACGUCAAGGAAGAGAAGGCUGAAAAAAUCCAAGUCGGCGGUACUAUGGCCGGAGAAUUCACGGCUGGACUUUCGGGCGGGCAGCGCAAGUUGCUUCUCUUUGAAUUAAUUUGCCAGCGUACGGCCUCACAGUCUGAGCUUUUGGUUGUCCUUGACGAACCCUUUGCGGGAGUCACAGACGAUUUUGUUCCGUUUAUUGUUGAGCGCCUGAAUGAGCUUCGUCAAAAGCACAACGUGCUGCUGGUAACCAAUGAUCACGUGACGACUCUCACCACUAUGGCCGACAACAAGAUCACAGUCUCUGCGAUUGAUCGUUCCACCGUUCGCAUCAACGAUCGCGAAAAGGUUGACCGCGAAAAAGCCAUCAUGGCACUUUCCGUCGGAGACGCGUACUCAUACCAGGCUACCAACGCUGAUCUGAAGUUCUUUUACGAUGUAGAAAUACAUUCCAGCAGCGCCUUGAUUGGUAUCGCCUGCUUUACCAUUUUUUGCUACAGUCUCUUUAUAGCUACAUUCUGGGAUUCCGAAGAAAGCAGUCAAGCGCUAGUGCUGGUUGCCGGAGGUAUCAUUUCGUACUUCUGCGUCAAUCCAUAUUUGCUAAGUCUCGUUGACUGGCGGAAUGCCCAAAAUGAAGAAGCUGAGGCUCUAGUCCAUGCUUCGAAAACAAUGAACAAGACUCUCAAAACACUCUUAACGUUUUCGCUUAUACUUAUCAUUUCCUUGAUUGAGUUCGGAGUCGUCAAUGCUACUAUCGAUGGGCUCUCUGAGAUUAAAUUCUGGGUCGCAAUGCUUUUCGAUAGUGCUUCCUUAACGUUUACUUUGAUUUGCUUGGGGCUCUACACCAAUAUGCCAUUUCAAGCGGUUCAAGUUGUCGGAAGCUUGCCAUUUUUGCUGAUGAUCUUUCUUUCCACAACGUUUUCUCCAGGGUCAGGUGUUCCUGUCCUGAAGGAACUUCGCUACUUGUAUGCGCGAUUCUAUUUCUGGUGUAUGGUUCCUGCUGUACAAGACACAAUGGAAAAUUGUCCGUCCGACAAUGUGAUUCUUGUGUACGUGAUCUUGAGCGGAUGCUUGGGUGUUUUUAUUUUCCUUGUAGUUAUGGCAAUCCUUAAAAUCAAGAGGGGAAUCCAGAAGGAUAAGGCUGAGACGAAGCGUGCAGGACUCCGUGAUGAUGAGUUUACGGAGCUUCAAGUCGAAUUAUACGGGACAAAGGCUUUACAUCGUCUGAUGCACAUGAACAGCAGCCUUUCGCUCAAGAAACCUGCUUCGAAUGGGACCAUCAAAGAAGCGAUCGGAAAGUCAGUAGGUAGGGCUUUCAUUUUGAUCCUUUUAUGGUGCAAACGGCUGACUGUGAGUAGUGCGUUCAAGCACGCAGCUCCGUCUCGUGUGACAGGUGACGCUCAAGGAGCUGAUAAAGUGUUUUCUCUUGAUGUCACCCUUCGCUCUGUGCUCUUAAGCAAACGAUCGGCGAAGAUGCGAUGCUUGAUGGUUGGCAGCAGCCUCAUCGCCUUGCUGGUGGAUAAUGCUGCUGCCCUCAACAUCGUUCUACCCGGAGGAACAGGGUCUAUCGGUAGUAGGCUCUCGGCAAAGCUGAUGGAUCACACGGUUACGAUUCUAACACGGAAUGCAUUUUUGGCAGCCGCUCCCAAUCGAGUGACAGAACAGUUUGGGUGGGUCGGAUCCAGCUUCUUACGGAAAAAUCCGCAUGUUAAUCUGCGCGACUGGGACGGUGGCGACCUGCUCGAUAUUGUCGGCCAAGACUGGAUUGGAUGGCAGGAAGAAGCAUUAUUAGAUGCAGAUGUGGUCGUACACUUUGUGGGAGGGUUCACGGAACAACGUACAAUGGCUUGUGAAAGACUGGUACGAGAAUCGAUGAGAGUGAACAAAGACGCUUUGCAGAUUACAGUCAAUCCUCUAGACGAAGAGAUUGGCGUUAUUUCCGUCGGCGCUGUAACGCAGAAAAAAGAACGCAUCCGUGCCUGCGAAGAAAUGGUCAAAAUGAAUUGUGUUCACUCAAUGUGCUUACGCAUCGAGUGCUAUCGCGAAGAUGAAGGAUGUGAAAAGAUUAAAUCUACUAUUGUCGACUGGGCGAAACGUCAGGGGAACAAGUAAUUCUUGUAUUCGUGAUCUUACACUUAGAUUGACCAAUUUAUUUUCCAAUUACUGGAAAAUUUCGGGCUAAUACUUGUGACCGUGCGUUGAGGGCUGCCGAACACUGCAUUGACUGUGGAUCAGAAUAGUAAACGAGGUCAAAUCCAUCAAACAUCAAUUCUUUGC